AAUCCCAGGCGGCGUCCCCCCGCCAUUACCUCAUUCCCUGGCCGUAUUCUCGCCAAUCCCGGCCUCUCCAGGGGUGUGGUAGCGGGCUGUUCUCGCGAUUUUUGCCUUACCCUUCUCUCUUCUGUACGAUUCCUGUCGCGAGACUUCCUGCUCCUCCACCUCCUCCGCCGCUCCCUUUGCCGCCGCCUUAGCCCGGGACCCGGACCCAGCCUCUCCCCUACCCGAACACCGGCCCCGGCUCCACCGAGGCCACGGUCCCCCAACCCCGCCUCGCCGCCGCCAUGGCGGACCCUAAAUACGCCGACCUUCCCGGCAUUGCCAGGAACGAGCCAGAUGUUUAUGAAACCAGCGACCUACCGGAGGAUGAUCAAGCCGAGUUUGAUGCGUUUGCACAAGAGCUGGAGGAGCUGACGAGCACAAGCGUGGAGCACAUCAUUGUCAAUCCCAAUGCUGCCUAUGACAAGUUCAAAGACAAGAGAGUGGGGACAAAGGGACUUGAUUUCUCAGAUCGUAUUGGAAAAACCAAGAGAACAGGAUAUGAAUCUGGAGAAUAUGAGAUGCUUGGAGAGGGCCUGGGAGUGAAGGAGACACCCCAGCAAAAGUACCAGCGACUAUUGCAUGAGGUCCAAGAGCUGACGACUGAAGUUGAGAAAAUUAAGACAGCAGUGAAGGAGUCAGCCACUGAAGAGAAGCUGACCCCCGUGGUAUUGGCUAAACAGUUGGCAGCCCUGAAGCAGCAGCUGUUUGCUUCCCACCUGGAGAAGCUGCUGGGACCAGAUGCAGCCAUCAACCUUACUGACCCUGAUGGAGCUCUGGCUAAGCGCCUGCUGCUGCAGCUGGAAGCAACCAAAAACAGCAAGGGAACUGGUUCAGGGGGAAAGACCACCGGCGGGACUCCCGUAGAUAGUAGCCUUGUCACUUACGAACUACAUUCUCGGCCUGAACAGGACAAGUUCUCUCAAGCUGCCAAAGUUGCAGAACUUGAGAAGCGCCUAACAGAGCUGGAAGCAACUGUACGCUGUGAUCAGGAUGCUCAGAAUCCCCUUUCAGCAGGUCUACAGGGAGCCUGUCUUAUGGAGACUGUAGAACUGUUGCAAGCAAAGGUGAACGCCCUGGACCUUGCAGUUUUGGACCAAGUGGAGGCUCGGCUACAGAGUGUCCUGGGAAAGGUGAAUGAGAUUGCCAAGCAUAAAGCUUCCGUAGAAGAUGCAGAUACACAAAGCAAGGUGCACCAGCUAUAUGAAACCAUACAGCGCUGGAGCCCUGUUGCCUCCACCCUUCCUGAGCUGGUGCAGAGACUUGUCACCAUCAAGCAGCUGCAUGAGCAAGCCAUGCAGUUCGGUCAGCUCCUGACCCACUUGGAUACCACACAGCAGAUGAUUGCUAGCUCCCUCAAGGACAACUCCACCCUCUUGACCCAGGUGCAGACUACCAUGCGUGAGAACCUGUCCACGGUUGAGGGGAACUUUGCCAACAUUGACGAACGGAUGAAGAAGCUGGGAAAGUGAGCACCUUUAGGAGAUGGAGAACAGGGGUAAUCCCGACCCCUUUGAACUCUUGUUAACAGCUUACAUAGGGUUUCCCCUUAAUUAUAACCCUCGCAUCCCCAUACCAUUUGACACUGGGGCAAAGGGGUUCUUCUUGCAUGUGGGGUUUACACCCCUCCUCUGAGGAAUACAGAGUGGUAGCUGGGGGACAGUAGAUGGUGGUCUCCCCUCAGGCCCUGGGGACGUGGGCCCCACCACAUGCCAGUUCCCGUCCAGUACUGCUUUGCCUGGGGCGGGGAAGGAUUGGGUCCUGUCCUCCAGCACAGCUCCCGUGGCUGGCUGCAAUACUGUACAACUGUUUCUGACCAUUAAAUGCUGUUGUCCUCUCUGUGGCCCCUGCUGUGUUUCCUGGGGAAGAGGCAGCAUUGAGAUGGACCUUCACAGCCUAACAGGCAGCCUCAGCCCCUCUCUGCUGCAAGAGGAUUUAAACUGUAACCUGCUCUUACCAAAGAAUUAAGGAAAAAAUGAGUACAGAGUCAGAGCCAGAGUUUCAAAAUAUUCUCAUCUGUUAAAUUAAGAGUGUCUCCCAUAGAAAAGCAGUGGAGGCCCCACAGGGCAAGUACAAAACAGAAUUAAAACUCC